UUCCGCUGUCGUCUAUUGGUCCUCCGUGUUCUCGCGAUGUUUCGGCGCCGUUCACAUCCAGACCGCGAGAAGAUGAGCGAUGGCAAUAGAAAACAAACCUGGGGAUGGAUUUGACACCGUUUUCUGUCAAAACGACUCCGUGGGGCUCGGCUCGCAUCACGAUUAUGACGCUGCGCAGGCUCGGAUCUUCAAGAUCAUCGUCAUCGGAGACUCAAACGUCGGGAAGACGUGUCUGACUUACAGAUUCUGCGGGGGCACUUUCCUGAAAAACCCAGAGGCGACGAUCGGGGUCGAUUUCAGAGAGAGGACGCUGCAGCUCGAUGGAGAGACGAUCAAGUUGCAGAUCUGGGACACGGCAGGUCAGGAGCGCUUCAGGAAGAGCAUGGUGGAGCACUACUACCGCAGUGUCCACGCCGUCAUCUUCGUGUACGACGUGACCAGCCUCACCUCCUUCGAGAGCAUCCCCGAGUGGAUCGAGGAGUGCAGCCGGCACUCUGUCGGGCCCAUGGUGCCGCGCAUCAUGGUGGGCAACAAGUGCGACCUGAGGGACCGCCGGGAGGUCCCCACCUCGGCCGCGCAGUGUCUCGCCGACAGCUACAGCUUCCCACUGUUUGAGACUUCAGCCAAGGACCCAGCCGAGAAGGAACACGUCGACGCUAUCUUUCUGACUUUGGCUUAUAGACUGAAAAGCCACAAACCGAUGAGACUGAAGCAGCUGAGUGAGGGCAGCGUCAGGCAGCUGUGGAACCAGAGAGAGGAGGAAGCAGCAAUUUGUCAAUGCUGAGGUCUUAAUGAGUGUCUACGAGUGUGCGCGAAGGUCAUCACAGCCUUCAGGAACAAUAAAGGAAGAAGCCUCCUGUGGUUUUACCCUUUUCCCUGCCUGAUGUAAGGCACAGCUAGUGACAGUAUAAGUUUGCACAAUAUUAAAUCAACAUUUCAAUGAAAUGCAUGAAUGGAUGUGGAGAUAUGCCCAACAUUUGUAGCUCAAAACUGCACAUAAAAUCACUUUGAGUCAAAAAGCAAAGCAUUGCAGAGUGCACUUUAAUACCCAGACAAAUUAUAUGCAAUCAGCCGUCUCGUAGCGCUACAACUUAUCUACAAUAUUCAAAGCAGGCAGUGAAUUUAAGGGAGAAAACAUAGAUUUACGUGAAAGCGAAGGGACCAAUAAGGUAAUUUGAAACUGUGAACAAAAAGUGUGCAUUUUCUUUAUAACGCAGCAUGAGUUUUGGUGCUGCUGCUGCUGCUGCUGCUGAUUACGUACCUCUCUAAUCUAAAUAUGAACGUCAGCAUUGUGUGUCAGCUCGUUUGCCUACACGGUUGGUUGGAGAGAGCUCGCUUAUGACAAAAUGUAGCCAUCUCUUGGGAGAAAAUGCAAAUCGACGUGGUUCACUCGAAACACAUGAGUGAGCAUGGCGCUCAGCAGUCUUUGAAAAUUGUUACGCUGGAUGGUAUUGAUGAUGAUGAUGUGAGGUAAAAUCACAACUUUUGUUGCAUGUGUACAAUAAUGCAAAACACUUUACAACAAUGUGGAGAUCUAUGACGAUGUUAAGCUGCAAAUCAAUAAAAAAUGGUUUUAUUGGUA